UCCACGGGGACUUUACUUCUUCUCUUCUUGUUUGUGGGCUUUUUAAUCCAAGGGCGAGAUCAAGUGCGUCUCAAGCUGCUCAAACGACCAUUUAAACAUCCACCAUGCCACUGGGCCGAUUUCUCAUUUCGCGUUUUCGGCCUAGCAAAACCGGGCAGUGAGGUCAAAUAACAAGAGAAAGAAAAAUAAAGUGCAUCUCCCACCCCCAAGCCGCUGGCUUAUUGUUCGAGGCGGAAAGGAUAUGGCGAGCCCGUCGCUGAAAACUGGCUUUGGAGACAAUAGCCAAGAGUUCGACUCGCUCCCCCGCUGCGAGCGCUUGAGCAAGCCGAGCGAGUUCGAAUCUUGGAAGAAACUUCUCUACGAGCGGCUGCGCGAGCGUGGCUUAUCUCACGUGCCCCUCGUGCCACCCGCCGCUUCAGACCGGAAGCGGGAUGCCAGAUUCCAGAGGCGUCCGACUGCAGAUGAACUGCGGCGGGUCACCGUUGCGCUCAAAUUCAGUGUCAUAGCACGGGUCAGAAAUGCGCUUCUCGGUGGGUCAUUUUUCAGGGAAGAGACGCCUUGGGAGAUCUGGUCAGCCAUCCUUGAAUGGGCAGGAAAGCGCCCCGAAGACGAAAAUGAAAAUCAUGGAGUUUUGUACACGUCACCAAAACCCGUUAGGCCUGCAGAGCCUCGCUUCUCCUUCGACAAGCUUAGCUCUCUCCUGCAAAGCAUCGCCACCAUGGGCCUUGCUUCCUUUGAUAGCUUCGAGGCCUACGUGGUGAGGUUCAACAACCUACGCAAGCAACUUCUAGGCAUAAGUUGCAGUCUUAGCGAAAAGCAAUAUAUAGCAUUCUUCAUCAUGGGCAUCAAGGAUGCCGAGGAACACCGAGGGUGGAUCCGAAAUGCCACGGAUGAACUAGAAACAAACCCCGACAUCACUUUGAACUGGGUGCUGUCUAUUGCCAAUGCUGAUUCAAGGCGAUCAUCUCUUGUUCCGGACGGAAAUAUCGCGGGUCGGGGCGUGAAGCAAAGGGAGAACGGACAUGGCUCGUAUGAAAUACCCUAUUCGCGUCAUCACAGCCAGCCAUACCACCGCAACGAAGCCGAGCCGAGAGACGGCUUCACCUACGACAGUUAUAAACCAGACUAUAAUGGAGGUCGGGGCAAGGACCUGAAAAGUCCACCGAAUGCCCGUGAAGAUUUCAGUACACAAGGGCGCCCCCGAGCGAAAACUGCUGUUGAUGACGAGCCGCCGAGGAAGCCUCACACAAGAGCACAGGGGGACCUAUUCAGGACCGAUAGUCCUUCCAUAAAUUCGAAGCCCAGUUAUGGAACGAUCAAGGGAAAGUUCACAAAAAUAGGUUUCACCGGGCGCUUGCGCACCCAGAGCAAAGAACUUGACGAAGAAAACGUGCCAGACCAGGCUCGAAAGCUGAGUGCUACCAGUGAAAACAAUAACUCGACGGCUGGAGAGCGGCGUGCUCAGCCUAGUACCGUCGAGGCGACUGACAUCUUUAGCCCCCGACCGCCAACACCAGUUAUCAGCAAAACUGAAACCCCGACGGUUAGAAACGUCACAUUUGACGACAGACCCCGGUCUGCCGGUGGUGCUGGAAUAGAUAGUGGAAACACAGUGCCUGUGAAGCAAACCACAAACAAAACUUCAAAUAUCCAGAUCAGAGGUUUGAGCGGUUCCAAACCGUCAUUAUUAAACCAGACAAAGCCGGAUAGUAUUGAUCCAAACCCGACAUUUACAAGCCCAGCCCAGUCACGACCUUCCAUCAUGCAACAGACCUUUGAUGACAGGCCCGAGGCUGCUGAUGGCGCUGGAAUGGAUGGUAAAAGCGCAUCACCUGCCGGACAAAUGACGAUCAAAACUUCCAACAUUCGUAUCAGGGGUUUGAGCAGUGCCAAUCCGCCAUCUUCAAACCAGAUAAAGGCGGACAUCGUCGAUUCAAAUUCUACAAGCACAACCCCAGUCUGUCCCCAACCUUCCACUAUGCCACACCGCAAGUUUUCAGCGGCCGAAACAGAACAGAGUUCUAGCAAUAGUCCUGCUAGUACAUCCACCACAAUGCCGCAAAUGAGCAAAAACCAGGCAGAUCCUUCAGCGCCAAGCCCCGAAAAACCUCUACAUGGAUCUCGAAAUUCACCCCCAGUGACUUCGGUAUCUAGUCCAAAACUUCCUGCAGCGGCCACAGUUCCAGAAGGCGCAGUAAAGGGAAGAGUAGUGGUGAACAGCACCGGACGUACGUCGUCUCCAGUUUUACUAAACGCAGAUACAAGCAUAUCGCCCAAGGACGCGCCUAAUCCCAUGGCCCAAGAGUCGAAAUCGUCUCAAAAGCCAAGAGAUGAGAUUCCCCCAGUAUCCAAGAAAAGAGUGUUGCAGGAAGAAACGGGCAAGGAGCCAUCAGCAACCGGCCCGCCAAUCAAAAAGAGAGUCAGUGCCAAACAGUUGAUGCAAAGUAUGUUGUCUAAGCGGCGAUAACUUGACAUUACACUACUGUUCGACAACAAACACUACCCACUGCAGAAUACUUUUUACAAGCUGCAAAAUCGGACGUCAAAUCGGUCAGAUUCACUUUUAACAACUCUGUUUGCGCCCAAGCCACCACUUUCGAACAAUGGUGACGAGUUACUCUCAGCCUCUUAUCUAAAUCAUUGGACAGUGUACCUCCGAGAUUUUGACUGGAAUGAGCGCAGGGGUAUACUUGACAAACGAGGCUUGACAUAUGGCUACGUUUGAGCGCGAGCACUCUAGAAUUCUAGAAAAAAAAAGUCCUUGGUGUCUCCAGGGACACCUUGUAUACUAUACAGUCUUGGUAUUGAGCUAAGACAAAGUGUUUCGGUUGGGAUCGAGGGACAGAGACAAGGGAUCUCGGUCGAAGGAUUGGUCAGGAACUUCAAACACGAGUGUCUUUAUACGAUACCAACAGAUGUGUGUACCUAGUCAACAACAACACAAAAACACCAUCCUUGCACAUGCA